CUGAAGUACUUGAAUAUAUCUGAAAUACCAAAGUGUUUAGUUCUUGUGCGGUUCACGAAAGACGCAAGGUUGGGACUGCCCGCCAGGCGCACAAGCGAUCUGUUGGGAUUUGGAUGGACUGGAGCAGCUGAAAGAAUGAAAUAUAGCCAGGUCAGUGUGUUGGCUUCAGAAGCUAUGCAUGCAGCAUGCAAACACCCAACUUUGUGGGAUCAGUUACAGGAGAGUUUGAAGGCCGUGAUAGCUAAGAGCCAUGAGUAUGAUCAGCUAAAGGAAAAUUUGAGUAAGAAAACGGCUGAUCUUAGUACUUGUGCAAUUGAAUAUGUAGAUGAUGGUGAAGGCAACAUAGUUGAAGUUCAUGAUCCUAUUAAAGUAUCAACGAAAGGUGCAACUAAGGUAGAUGAGAACCGCCCUAUGUCGAAAAAUGGUAGGCCACUUUCGUACGACGAGAUCAGAAUCAGGUGCGGCGCAUGCAAAUUGCUAGGGCACACUAAACGCAGCAAGAAAUGCAAACUAAAUAAGAAAAGCGUGGUGGGCGAAGAAGAGUAGAACAGUUGCUAAAGUUAUGUUAGGAUGAAUCCAGUGAUCUAAUAGUGAGGUGUUUACAAUGUGUUACUGCAUACAUGAUACAUGAUAUAUACUAUUGCAAGAGGCCAGUACCUUGAGAUAGUGCUUGUAGCAUAUAUGGACUAAACAGGAGGCGGUCACUAGGGACUUUAAUCAUGGAAAAUGGAUAGCAUUUUA